AUGGUUACUCGUUCAACAGAAACAUGGCGACUGCGUCACACUAUUCUAGAGUUGCGUUGUCCCUCCUCUGCGACAACUCCAACCAAAUAAAAUGGCGCCCGCCAUGCGAGCUUUCGUGCGCCGCUUCGGGCUGUACAGCUCUUUUCAGAGAAAUGUCGUCUCCGCUAGGAAUAUCAGUACCCACGAAGCUCUCGGCCAACAGCCUAGUCCUCAACCGAAAGCAGAAAAGCUGGCAAGCACCAGCACUACGACGCUGGAUCCGUUGCAGCAUGCCGACUACUUUGGCCUCGGCAAGAUGCUAUCGGUGCGCGAGCUUUUUGACGCACGUGUCCACUUGGGUCACAAGGAGGGUCUCCUGAACGACCUCAUGCGGCCUUACAUAUUUGGCUCCAGGCUGGGGUACCACGUCAUUGACCUGGAAAAGACUCUCGAUCACCUAUUCUGCGCGCUCAACUUCGUUGCGCAUAUUGCCUACCGGGACGGGAUCAUCUUAUUUGUCACCAGGCACCAGCAGACCGCCCACAUGGUGGAAGAAACAGCCAAGGCAUGCCAGGAAUUUGCCCACGCCCGAUGGUGGCGGCCUGGCCUGUUCACCAAUUCGGCGGCACAGUUUGGUACGGUCACACGGCUUCCCGACACAGUGAUCCUGCUGUCCACGCUCGACUCUGUGUUUGAGGAACACCUUGCUGUCAAGGAGUGCAACAACAUGCUCAUCCCGACGGUCGCCAUCGUUGACACCAACUGUGACCCACGGCUAAUCACCUACCCAAUCCCGGGAAAUGAUGACACGCCAUCAGCAAUACAGCUGUACUGCAACCUCUUCAAAACUGCCAUCCUUCUUGGAAAGGAGCGGCGGAAAAAAGACCAAGAAGAAGCAGUGAAACUGAUUGCGACGAUGGGUGAAGCCAGUGGUAACAUGUCAAAGACGCCAGAAAGCACUUGAAAGGCAAGGACCCAAGUGUCACAUCACAGAACUUGUAUAGUUAAUAGAAUGGAUUUUGUUAGUUGCCAA